AUGUCAAGAAAUUUUACAUCUAAAUUCAAAAUUGAUGAAAAAAGAUUCUACACCCCAUAUCCACAACAUAAAAACGAUGAAAAUGAUUAUAAAAAGAAAUAUGAAUCAUUAAAAAAUGAUCAUAAGAAAUUAAAACAUUCCUUUAAUCAAUUGAAAGAAAAAUGUAUUAAAUACGAAACCUUUAUAAAUUCCAUUAUCGAAUUUAUUAAGAACGAAAAUUUGUCAAAAUCUAAUCAACUCAACAUCCCAACGAACGAUGAAUCUUCAACUACUAAAGAUAAUUAUACGUCCAGUGAUGAGGAUCUCUUUAUCGUCGAAAACAGACCCACACUUGACAACAGUAAUCAAAAUAAAUCUGACCUUGAUGGUUAUAAUUAA